AGAAAAAAUAUCGACGUAGCGCACAGGGCAUUUCGCCGGUAUGGAACAUUUAGUACAGAAGUUGUUGGUAGCUCUCAUCGCCGUCCUCGUCAGAUGGUGUGUGUCUUUAUGCAAAUACUCAGGUGCCGGUAAAGGGCCUAUGUAUGGUGACUAUGAGGCUCAGCGACACUGGAUGGAAAUCACAUACAACCUGCCUGUACAGGAAUGGUACAACCAGACUGCUAGAAAUGACCUUCAGUAUUGGGGACUGGAUUAUCCCCCCUUGACUGCCUAUCAUAGCUGGAUAUGUGGUUACAUUGCAAACCAGAUCAACCCAGACUGGGUAGCAUUAAAGUCUUCCAGGGGAUUUGAAAGUCCUGAACACAAGCUGUUUAUGAGGUAUACAGUACUAGCUGCUGAUAUCCUGUUCUUCUUCCCUGUUGUGUUUCUGAUGUUUAUGAAAAGUGGACAAACUAAAUACGCUGCGAGUAAGGCCAAUAUCCUGAUGCUGUUGUCUCCUGGACUCAUCCUCAUCGACCACGGACACUUCCAAUACAACUGUAUAAGUCUUGGAUUUGUUCUCCUUGCUGUCAUGUUGAUCGGUAAGGGUCGUGAACUUUGGGGAUCUGUUUUCUUUGUGCUGGCGCUGAACUACAAACAGAUGGAGCUGUACCACGCCUUUCCAUUCUUCUUCUACCUUCUGGGAUUGUGUUUCAGGAGGAAGGAUCAGAACGGGCUACUGCGGUUGAUUAAGAUUGGAAUCACAGUCCUUGCUACAUUUGCUUUGUGCUGGGCGCCAUUCCUCUCAAACAAAGAUUCUGCACUCCAAGUCCUUCACCGUCUUUUCCCAUUUGCUCGUGGCUUAUAUGAGGACAAAGUGGCCAAUGUCUGGUGUAGUUUAUCAUUCCUGAUUAAACUGAAGGAUAUUUUAACAAGAGACCAGCUUGUAUUGCUGUGUAUUGUAUCUACUUUGGUGCUGUGUCUUCCAUCGUCGCUGAAUCUCCUGUUAAAACCAAGUUUCCUGAGAUUUAAAUACUCAUUAAUAAAUUGUUCCUUGGUAUUUUUCCUGUUUUCAUUCCAAGUUCAUGAGAAGAGUAUACUUAUUGUUACUGUAAUUGUAAACUUGUUUUGUGUUCAGCUGCCUUUCUGGAAUCUCUGGUUCACCAUCAUAUCAACAUUCAGUAUGCUGCCUCUACUGAUGAAAGACGGAUUACUUGUCCCUUACAUUUCCACCACUUUGUUAUACAUCAUCAUAAGUCGCAGUACAACUCCGGUAUUCGUGUUGCCGAGCGAGGAAUAUAGACUACAACGUCGCUUACAAAAGUUUACCUUUUACUGGUCGAUGUUUGGAGUGAUUGCCCUGACAGCGCUGUCCGUAUUUGCCACGCCUCCGCCCAAACUUCCCGAUCUCCUCCCUGUAUUGGUUUCCGUGUACUCCUGUUCUCACUUCCUCCUCUUUCUCGUUUAUUUCCAUGUCAGACAGUUCCAGUGUAAAGACUCGGAGACGAUGGACACCUCACACACUCCGUAUACCCAGCUCAAAAAGAAACAGUAGCCAAAAAUAUUCCUUGUUAUAAUUGCUUGUUUUAAUUCAGGUUUGUUCACCUCAGAAUUGUUUCCUGGUUUUGGGUAUUAGUAACUAUAGCCAUAGUUUUCUCAGUGACUUCUGUAUGGAUCGAACCCCAGGCCCUGGGCAUACUGGACUAUAGCCCUACUAAAUGAGAUAUAGAGAAAUUUACCAAAGUCUGUAGAAAGAUUUUAAGUUGUUACAAUUAUGUCACUCAUUCCAGGGUUAGCAGUAAUGCUUGUGAUAGCAACUGAAGACUGAAUAUUUUUGCAAUGUUUCUUGAGUCUGGCAGGGAGGCUGAUGUAACAGAGUGCAUUAUUUUGUUGAUGUCUCUCAUGGGGAGAAACAUUACAGCAGUCAUUUUUUUAACAGAUAAACAAAGAGCAAAGUUUAAAAGAUCCUUCAAUGUAGAGUACUCAUUCAAAUUGUUGUUUGUUUGCUGGGAUUAUCGCCCUGUGAAUAUAGGGUCCUUUUGAGGCAGGGUCUCCUUGUAGUAGUUGGUGACUACCUCAAUUAUCAAUGUAAGGGAGGCCCGUCAUAUGCCAUCAGCAAUAAGGGUAAAGUGUAUUGCCCAAGCACACAACCAAGACAGCACAGAUCGGCCCAUUUCAAAGCUUCCAGAGAAACACAAACUGACACAUGUGUAAGCGUCAAACUGUAUUGUACCUGGGAUCUUCACCUGAGUUCGUGUGGUCGGUGCUCUAAUGGACUGAGCUAUCAGUAUGGCCUUAACUGUACUCCAAAAGUGCCUUAUUAUAAACUUGCUCAGGAACCAAUAUUACAACUCAUUCCAAGCCUGUAUUUGUUUUGUAGUUUAACGCAAUGGCUACACAAAGCCCACUUUGUUCCUUGUUGAAUAUCUGCCAAGUGCUUGAUAUUUGUGAGUAUUUUUUUUAUGAAAUUUAUGAUUCAUCAGAUUUUUUCAUUUUAUUUUUUAAUGCUUUUUUAUUCAAAUAAAACUAGACAAAUUCAUUAAUAGUCCAUCAAGGUUGGGUUAUUAUGUGAAAACGUGGACAUAUUUAUCCACAAACAACCCCCAUUCAUCUGUCAAAUCAUUAUUUUUAGCUCACCUGGCCAAAAUUAAUAUAAUAUGGUACUGAAUUUUUACAAUAGGGGAGGGGGUAUUAUUUGAGGAUUAAUGUGGUAAGUUAUAUGAAACUAUGAAAUCAAGAGAUAAAAACCAAGAAAUAUUGAAUAUUAAAAAUAAUU